UAAUCACCAACUAUUUUCAAUUAUGUGGAAACUCAUCUUGGUUUUGGGGCUUUUCCUGCAGCCAAUAAUGGCUGAUUCAAGUUCAAGUUCAGAUUCUAGUUCAAGUGACUCAAGUGGUUCAAGUGAAGAGACCUUCAUAAGGAAACCAACCCGUAUUUGUGAUAGUCCUCUCGCGUACGCCGAUGAAGGAGCUCUACCUCAACCUAUUGACACUUUGCCGUAUAAAUUUAAAAUUUCUUCAUACGAAUAUAGCCCAGAUACUAGAAUUUCAGUAAUGAUCUACGGAGGUACCUUCAAAGGAUUUUUCGUACGCGCCUUCUGUAAAGCCACUAAGAAGCCGAUUGGAUCUUGGGAGCGUAGUCCUGAGUUACUUGGGAACAAUGUUUGCAAAGCAGCUAUGCCAGCUAUUCGUGGGGAAAGGGAUGCAGUUAAAAUGAACUGGAUAGCUCCUGAACAAGGAUAUGGGAAACUUUUCUUCAAGAUUUCAGUUGCCAAGGAUAGUUGUUGCUAUUGGCCCGAUAUUGUGAUUGAAGAUUAAUAAAUUGAAACCGCCUACAGUAUUGGAAAAUUUUGGAAGUGAAAUGUAAAAAUAUUUCUU